AUAUCACACACAAAAAAAAAAAAAAAAAAAAAGGAAAAAAAACGACAUUGCUCCAAAUUAGUAUAACAUAUUAUGAUUCUAAUUCUGUGUUAGUUCUAUAGAUUAGCAUGCUCUGUUUUUAUUAGUAGUUUUGUAGAGCGCUCAACAGUCGAGUUCUGAUUCACCCAGCAUAAGCUUUUCUUUUUUCCACACAGGAAAUAGACAAUGAGUUACGGCUAUAACGGUUAUCCAGGGGAGAAUUAUGGUUCUUAUGGACCUCAAUAUCCUGUCAAUUCUUAUCCAACUCGAGGAUAUCCAAAUGAAGGCUACGCACCACCAAUGGGACCUCCUCCUUCCAGCAAUCGACCAAAUAUAGAUGGCUAUACCAAUCAAGUACCUACUGAAAACGUGGGACACGUUGAUGCUGUUGCUAGUCAACAUGUUGGAUACGCACCUCCGUCUGGGCCACCUCCUGCUACAGGAAACUAUGCGUAUAACAAUCCAGAGUACCAGGGACCGCAAUUACCUAGUUCUAACUCUCAGUCUUAUGGGCUUUCAGGUGGUGGAUCAUUUGACUAUCAAUACUCUACUUGUCAAGGAAAACGCAAGGCCUUGCUAAUCGGUUUAAAUUAUGUAAAUACUCGAAAUGAGUUACAAGGAUGUAUCAAUGACGUUAUGGCUACCGGUCAAUUAUUGAGAGAGCGUUACGGAUAUAAGGCUGACGACAUGGUAAUUAUGACCGAUUAUGCUCAACAUCCAAGAGGUAUUCCUACUCGUCAAAACAUGUUGGAUGGCAUGCGAUGGCUUGUAAGCGGCGCUCAACCCAAUGAUUCGUUGUUUUUUCAUUAUAGUGGACAUGGUGGACAAACAAAAGAUUUAGAUGGUGAUGAAACUGAUGGAUACGACGAAACGAUUUAUCCCUUAGACCAUGAAGUCUCAGGACAAAUUGUCGAUGAUGAGAUGCAUGACAUUAUGGUCCGACCUUUACCUCCUGGAUGUCGCUUGACGGCCAUUUUUGACUCCUGUCAUUCUGGAGGUGCUCUUGACCUUCCUUUUACCUACUCUACUAAAGGUGUACUUAAAGAACCGAAUAUGCUUAAGGAAUCAGGUAUGAAUGUUCUACAUGCUGGUAUGUCGUAUAUGGCUGGUGAUAUUGGAGGUAUUUUCAGCAAUGUGAAAAACAUUGUUCAAAGCGCCUCUGGUGGAUUCCAUAAUAAUGCUCUUCAAUAUUCCAGACAAUACAAGUUUUCACCAGCUGAUGUUAUUUCUAUCUCCGGUUGUAAAGAUAAUCAAACAAGUGCUGAUACAAACGUUAACGGAUUUGCAACGGGUGCACUUUCGUAUGCUUUUCGUGAGGUUUUAUCUCAAAAUCCUCAGCCUUCCUAUAUACAAUUGCUUCAAGGCAUCCGACAUGUCCUACAAAGUAAAUACUCACAACUUCCCCAGUUAUGUUGUAGUCAUCCGUUGGAUAUGAAUUUGGCUAUGCUUCUCUAAUUGAAAUGUCUUCACUGUCAUUUCGUUCAGUUAGUUUAAAUUGUGUCAAAUUUGGUUAAUCUCAUUGAAUCGCUUCUAUAAUUUAGAAGUACAUUAGCGUUAAUUUUUUUUUUCGAAUAUAAAGAAUUGCAUCAAGGAUAUAUAUUUAACAACAA